AUGGCAGGUCUCCUGGUACGGCUCCUAGCUGCUGGAUUUUACGAUGGCUCUGCUCUAUGUGCAGUAUCACUAUUCCAGAAGACCUUGGAGAUACCACGAUCGCUUGUUGCAGAUUCAGAAACCCCAGAGAUACUAUUAUCACUUGAGGGUCUGCUUGAUGCUCUUAUGGACUUGUGCCAGAAUUCUGGAUAUGGCCUUGCUAUCUUAAGCAGCAGCCAAGCAUCAGCAGCUAGCUUGACCAAGACUAAUGCUGCUGACUACCCAUACUUGUCUGGUAUUGGUGAAUUGGCCCUUCAAGCUGGCAUUACUGCCUCGCCCCUGACUGGGUACAGUCCGCAGCGUUGGAAUUUCUGGAUUCAGAGACUUAUUGAACAAAGGCAGUGCGGGAUUGAGAAUAUAGAGCUUGGAGCCAAGUCUUGUCUAUCAUCAAUGUAUCAGGCAGGAGAGCAGACCAAUCUCCUCCCGGGGCUAAUUAGCCAGGAGCUCAUUAUGUAUGAGGAAUAA